GACAGUGCCUGGACACUCCAACGGGGACAUGCGUGGCUUCAGAAGUUCCUUUGCGCUGCCCAAGACCCCAAAGACCACGGGGUUGCCCCCUGAGCAUCACCCUGCCUUGCUGACCCUUCCAUCCACAGGGUGCCAAGGGCACCGUGCCGCCCGCACCGCUCCCAGGCACCGCUGGUGCAGGCGGCUGGGUGCUGGGGACGCCCCAGCCCCGGUGCUCCCCACCACGCAACCGCUUGGCUGGGACAGCAGAGCCUGGUGGGGACACAUUGCCGUCCCCGCCUGGCACCAGCCCAGGUCCCGGCUGGCCGAGGGUGCUGGCGGGGGCCCAGCGCCGCGGUGGCUGCCCCCUCUCAGCUGUUGCUGUCUGUGACGCUCCCCGUGACGGUCCCGCUCGGCUCAGCCUCGCCGCCGGCACCCAGUGCUCGCAGCGCCGGUGGUCCCCGCGCAUGGACCUGUGCCAUGUCCCCACCACCCGAGAGAAGGGCUGGUACCUGGCGCUGAUGGCCCCCAACGUCAAGGGUCGCAACUACGCCUGGCUGGACCCCUCCCGGCUCUACUGCCACCCGCAAGGCCUGCAGGACUGCGUGGGCGACCUGCUGCAGCCCUUCCAGGGAGACCCCAUCGACAUGGUGGCCGGUAUCGACGCCAUGGGCUUCAUCCUGGGCGCUGCCGCCGCCGCCGUGCUGCAGAAAGGCUUCCUGGCCAUCCGCAAAGCCGGGCACCUCUGCGUGCAGACGCUGGCGCAGCCCUACACCGACUACUCGGGCCGAGAGAAGGUGAUGGAGGUCCGCACUGAUGCCAUCUCGCCGGGUCUGCGCAUCCUCCUGGUGGACCAGUGGGUGGAAACCGGGGGCACCAUGCGAGCGGCCAUCCAGCUGGUGGAGCGGCUGGGGGGGGUCGUGGCAGGUGUUGCCGCCAUCUGCAUCGAGGACAGCGAGGGCGGGCGGUGGAUCCGGGAGCGCUACAAGUGUGCCCACUGCGUCCCCCCCAUCCUGCAGCCCCGCUUCGACCGCCACCAGUUCGGCUGGGACUGACAUGGGGCUGCCACCCCCCCACACACACACCGUGUCCCCCCCGCGGGGCGCAGGGCUGCCAGCUCUUCGGGGCAGGGAUGCCCCGGGGCAUCCCCCACCCAGUUUGGCUUUCACCCUAGCCAAGACGCUCACCCCUCCCAUGGCUCCAUCCUCCUGCCGGCCCGCAAGCCUGGGGGGCUGCUUGGGGGGCAGGGGGAGCC